AUGGCUUGGUAUAUUGAAGAGCAAGAAAAAGUCUAUUUGGAUUACAAUGCUACAACGCCAAUUGAUAAAGAAGUUGAACGAGCAAUGAUUAAUGCUUUCCGAAUAUGGGGUAAUCCAAGUAGCAACAACCAUUUCGGCAAAAAAGCAAAGAACGCAAUUGAAGAAGCCCGCGAAGAAAUUGCCAAAUUAUUGCAUGUAUCUUCCAAAGAAGUAUUCUUUACCUCUGGUGGUACCGAGACUAAUAAUUGGGUGAUAUACAAUUGUAUUGAGCAUAAAAAAGCCGUCUGGGGUCGAGAAUACAAACCUCAUGUAAUAACUUCAAUUAUCGAGCAUCCAUCAAUUCUAAAUGCAUUACGCGAUUGGAAAAAGAAACAAGAAAUUGAUUUGACCGAAAUUGGUGUUGAUCCUGUGACCGGUCAAGUAAAUUUGAUUGAUUUGGAAGGAGCAUUUUGCGAUCGAACUUGUUUGGUAACUGUGAUGACGGCAAACAAUGAAACUGGUGUAAUACAACCUGUUGCUGCUGUUGCUGAAAUUGCAAGGAGAUGUGAAGAAAAAUUUGAGGGACGUGUAUUUGUGCAUAGUGACGCAUCUCAGGCAGUUGGUAAAGUGGAUGUCAAUGUUAAUGCUUUGAAUGUUGAUUUCGUUACCGUUACGGGACAUAAAUUUUAUGGACCGCGAAUUGGAGCUUUGGUUAUCAGAGCAGAAAAGAAAGUACCACUUAAAGCUAUGCUUCUUGGUGGUAAUCAGGAGCAAGGCAAACGAGCUGGGACAGAAAACACACCGAUGAUUGUUGGAUUAGGGAAAGCGGCUCAAGUGGCUUUCAGCGGCCUUCAAGAAUUUUCAGAACAUAUGCAAAAAGUACGAAAUUAUUUCGAAAGAAGGCUUAAGGAGACAUUCGAAGAUGGCAUUGUCAUUCACUUCGAAGAAUCUGAUCGUUUACCGAAUACGAGUAGUGUGGCAUUUUUAAGAUAUUCUGGAGAUGCUUCUGAUUUACUUUCCAAAUGCAAAUCAUUUAUUGCAAGUACAGGAGCUGCAUGUCAUGCAGCAACUCAGCAAUGUUCACAAGUGUUGACGGCAAGUGGUAUUCGAUAUGAGGUUGCUCUUCAAACUGUACGAUUUAGUUUUGGUAGAGAAUCAAGGUGUGAUCAAGUCGAUCAAGUUGUAAAUGAACUAAAAGCUAUCAUCUUCAUGAGUAAACAUUGUAGUUCUCUUUUGAAUGCUAUUAAUAAAGGACCGGUUCCAGGUUUUUGA